AUGGGUUCUUUUAUAUUUCUUGCAGAGUUUCUCAAAUGCCAAUUAUUAACCUUAACUAUCGUCAGUAGAAGAAACCCUGAAAAUAAAACUUUUACAAUUAAGAUUUCUGAUGAUAAAAAGUAUGAAUUGCUCAAACAUAUG